AAACUUAUUUUCUACUUCACUAAAUAUAGUGAGGAAAGAAUUUAAAUUAAUAAAAUAUGGAAAAGACGAACUUGUCCCCCGAUUUAAAUGCUCAAGGAGAAACAUUGAUGAAAGUUUUAGAUACAUUCGAGGAUUCAAAAGGAGAGACUACUGAACCCGACAAAACUCCAGAAAUUUCUGAUUUACAAAAUGCAUGUCUUGAUUUAAAGAAUGAAGAAAUUUCAAAGAUUCAAUCUUUAUGCAGCAAUGAUCAAAGUACCGAUGAUCAAUGUUUCUAUUCACCAUCAUCAACUUUCAAUCGAGACUCAAGCUUCAUCAUAGACAUUGAAAGUUCAAACUCCCAUGAUGAAAAAUCAAGAAAGGAAUCUUCUAAUUCUAAAACAGUCAUCGAUGAAACUUCAAAAGUUUCCUUAAAAGAUAAAUUUCAACCUAAUAUGAAUCUUCCUCAUGAACUUGGCACUCGUCCUACAUACUUAAAGAAAUAUGUGACGUCGAAAUCUUUUAUAGAUUCUGAUUCUACUAAAGCAACUGCAAAGGUUCUCAACAACUCCGAAUCAAUCGAAAAAAGAAGAAAUGUUAAUAAGACAAAUAGUAAGAUUCGACAAGCAGAAUCUCAGGCAUCAUUUAUGAAAGAGGAAAAAACUCAUGCUAAGAAAUUAGCCCAUCCACCUGGUUUCAUUCCAAAGAGUUCAAAAAAAUCUAAACAGAACCUUUCUUUGAAAUCUUCUUCGAUAAAUGAGAUAAGUUCUUUGGAAUUAUCAAGAUCCACAACUGCAGAAGAGCCAAAAGCAUUCAAGUCAGCAGUUUCACAACUCUCAUUAUCAUCUGUCAAAGAUCAACAGCAAAUCGAAGACAAGAAGUCAGGAAAUCUUCGUAAGUUUAAAGGAUCACCGAAUCUUACUGAACAUAAGUCGGAAGAUCCAUUGGCAUUUAACGAGCCAACAAAGACAUUAGAAAUGUUUCAAGAGCUAGAAGAUUUACGUACAAAACUUUCGAAAUCAACCAUAAAAUCAAAAGAAGAACGUAAGAAAGUUUCUGAUCUUGCUAAAGCAAAUGACGGUUUACGUAAAAAAGUUGAAAUUUUGGAGAAAUCACUCAGUGAAAAAGAAACGCUUCUUAAUGAGAAAUGUGAAAGAAUUAAAGGCUUAGACACGCUCAUUGCUAAAACACAACAAGAUCGUAAAAAGAAUGAAACUUCCAAUGAAUUAAAAUCAGAAAAACUCAAGAAACUUGAAAAUGAUAUGAAAGAUUUAAGAAAAAUUAACGAUGAGCUUUUCAAAGAGAACAAGAAGAAAGGAGACGAAACUCUUAAACUGAAACUUGACAUUCAAAUGAUGGGAAAAUCUACGGAAGAGAAAUCAAGAUUCGUUGCGGCUGAAAAGAUGGAAUUAAUAAAACAAAUUGAAAACCUCGAGAACAAGUCAAGAGACAUUGAUGUUAGUAAUGUCAAAGAUGAAUUGACAUUUGUAGUUAAUGAGUUAGAAACACAAAUAGUAGCUCGUGAUGGAACAAUAAAUGAACUGAAGGAAUCUAUUCGUCGAUUAGAACAGGAAAAUGAAUCUCUGAAACAACAGAAUGACAAUAAGACUGAAGUUACUGAAAUCAAAGCAUUAAAAUUACAUGUGAAUGAUUUAUCAAGCAACGAACAAGAACUAAAAGAGAAAAUUAUCGAAUUGAAUUCUUCAUUACAAGAUGAGCUUCUUAAAAACCAUCGCAUGGAAAGUUUACUUGAAGUUCGCAGUGAGUUCAUCAAAGCACUUCAAGAAAAUGAAGAAACAAAUAAAGCUCGAAUAAUUUUACAAUUAAAAGAAAUUGAAAAUCUUCGUGAGAAAACUAUGAAGUUAAAAAAGUGGAAAGCUGCAUCGAAGGAAGAUCUUGACAAUCUUCAUAAUACUUUGAAAAAUCAACAAUUUGAAAUCGACCAGAAGAUGUCGGGAAAGGAUAGAAUUCCAGUUUUUCCAUCUCGAGGAGCGAUGAAAGCGAUGAAAGAUCGUCUUGCUGGUGCCCACAAAGGCCACGGUUUAUUGAAGAGAAAAGCUGAUGCACUUCAAAUCCGUUUUCGUUUGAUUUUGGGAAAGAUUAUUGAGACUAAAACUUUGAUGGGUGAAGUCAUGCGUGAAGCUGCGUUUUCACUAGCUGAAGCUAAAUUUGUGAGCGGUGAUUUUAAUCAAGCUGUCAUUCAAAGCGUCACAAAAGCUCAAAUCAAGACGCGAUCGAAGAAAGAUAACAUUGCUGGUGUUAUUCUACCAAUUUUUGAGUCGUUUACUGAAGGUACUGACAACUAUAAAUUAACUGGUUUGGCGCAAGGCGGUGAGAAAAUUCAAAGAUUGAAGAAGAAUUUUCAAAAUGCCAUCAAACUGCUUGUUGAAUUGGCGUCACUGCAAUGUGCUUUUAUCAUUCUCGAUGAAGCGAUCAAAAUCACCAAUAGAAGAGUGAAUGCGAUUGAACAUGAAUUGAAAGUUUAUAGAGCAAUGAAAGCGAUGAAAGACCGUAUCGCUGGUGCCCACAAAGGCCACGGUUUAUUGAAGAGAAAAGCUGAUGCACUUCAACUUCGCUUUCGUGUGAUUUUGGGAAAAAUUAUUGAGACUAAAACUUUGAUGGGUGAAGUCAUGAGCGAAGCUGCUUUCUCACUAAGUGAAGCUAAAUUUGUGAGCGGAGAUUUCAGUCAAGCCGUCAUUCAAAGUGUUUCGAAGGCUCAAAUCAAGACACGAUCGAAGAAAGAUAACAUUGCUGGUGUUAUUCUACCAGUAUUUGAUGAUGUUAUUUAUAAUAUUAAUAAAAUUUCAUAUGAUCUUGUAGUGAUUAUACCACGACUUGAGAGAACUCUCGCCUACAUCAUAUCAGAACUUGAUGAAAUUGAACGAGAAGAAUUUUUCCGUAUGAAGAAAGUUCAAAAUAAGAAGAAACGCGAUCGUGCGAAGAAGGCUGCUUUACUUAAUGAUGUUAAUGAAAAAAUUAACAGCAUGAUAGAGGAUGAUGAAGAUUUGUUAUUUUGA